GUCAAAAACAUUUAAAAUCCUCAUCAUCAACGUUAUUAUUUUUAUUCUAUUAUUAUACAUCAAUAUUAUUAUUUGUUAUGAUUAUGAUUAAUCUUUUUAAAAUAGCCGAUACGGCUAUUACAAUACCAAUGGAAUCAUCAUCAUCAACAAAUAUACCGGUUAUGGAAUUCAGUACAACAUCGUCAUUAUCAUCAUCAUCAUCAUCGAUGAAUGAUUUAAAUGAUAAUGGUCAUUAUGAAAUUAUACAGGCUGCCUUUACUACGAAUCCUGUUUUGUCACCGCAACAACCUCAACUACAACAACGACAACAACAACAACCUCAACAACAUUCUUCAAUAAAAAAUCCAUAUAUUUUUGAAGAACAUGUUUGUAGUAGUAUCGAUAUACGAAAUACGGUGGCUAAUUUUCGUCUUUUAGAAAACUGUACCGUUGUAGAAGGUUUUCUUAAGAUUGUACUCAUUGAUAAUGGUCAACCAAUUGAUUACGAAAAUAUAACUUUUCCAAAAUUAAGAGAAAUAACCGAUUAUUUACUUGUAUUUCGUGUUAGUGGCCUAUUAUCAUUGGCUAAUAUGUUUCCCAAUCUAUCGGUGAUACGUGGACGUACAUUAUUACAUAAUUAUGCAUUUGUCAUAUAUGAAAUGUUAUCAUUACAGGAGAUUGGCCUAAAAAGUUUGACCAAUAUUGUACGUGGUGAUAUACGUAUUGAAAAAAAUCCAAAUCUUUGUUUUGUUGAUACGGUCGAUUGGAGCCGUAUAGCUAAACAUUUUUUGAUCUCGAAAAAUAAAGAUCAAGGAUCUUGUCCAACUUGUGAUGAAAAAUGUCCACAUGUUAGUGCAAGACGUAUGGAUGGUAAAGAGAUUGGUGAUGGUCAUCAACGUGUUUGUUGGACACGUGAUAUUUGCCAAAAACAUUUUUGUUUAUCCGAAUGUGAAUCAAUGAAUCGAACAUGUGCAAGAACGGGUGAAUGUUGUCCCGAACAAUGUCUUGGUGGAUGUAUACGUAAUCGUAAUAAUAAUAAUAAUGAUGAUGAUAAAAAUAAUGAUUGGAAAUGUUUUUCUUGUAAAAAAUUUCGCUAUCAAAAUCGUUGUUAUGAUACAUGUCCAAAUAAUAGUUAUGCUUAUCUAAAUCGUCGUUGUUUAAGCAAAGAAGAAUGUCAUCAAUUAUCAACAAAAUUAUCAACUGGUUAUCAUCGAUAUCGUUUCAAAGCAUUUAAUGGUGAAUGUGAUCAUCAAUGUCCAGUUGGUUAUGAAGAAGAUCAUAAUGAUCAAAAUAAAUGUGUUAAAUGUGAACAUACAUGUCCAAAAAUUUGUGAAAGUACGCAGAUAAACAACAUUGCUAGUGCACAGGCACUAAAAGGAUGUACGAAAAUCAAUGGCAGUCUUGAAAUAUAUAUCAAUGAUCAGGAUUCACAAAUCGUACAUGAAUUACAAGAAUAUUUGAAAGAUUUAGUCGAAAUAACUGGAUAUUUAAGAAUAGCUCGUUCAUUUCCUUUGAUAACAUUGAAUUUUUUACGAAAUCUUAAAAUAAUACGUGGAGAUUCAUUGGAACGUAAUAUAUAUUCAUUACUUAUAUUUGAUAAUCCAAAUCUACAAGAUUUAUGGACAUUUAAAUCGGAAGAAUUUAUGAUUAAUAAUGAAAAACGAAUACAUAUACAACGUGGACAGAUAUUUGUACAUUUAAAUCCAAAAUUAUGUUAUCAGAAAAUUCUUUCAAUGGUUGAUUAUGUUGAUGGCCUUCAUCAACCAUGGGAUGAACGUGAUGUUUCAUCACAUUCGAAUGGUGAUAAAGUUCCUUGUAAUGUAUCUGUUUUGGAUGUACGAAUUAAACAAAGCGGUCCGGAAAUGGUUAUGAUUGAAUUUGAAAAUUUUGCCAACAAAAUGGAAGAUCAACGUUCAUUAGUUGGAUAUCUAAUUUAUACUCGUGAAGCUGAACAUAAAAAUGUAACCGUUUUUGAUGGCGUAAAUGCCUGUUCGAAUAAUGAAUGGACAGUUCGUGAAUAUGAUAUUGUCGAGAAUGAUAAUAAUACAUAUCAUGAACAUUUGAUAACAAAUCUUAAACCAUUUACUCAAUAUGCAUUGUAUAUAAAAACAUAUACGAUUAAUACAGUGAACAAAGGUGCACAAAGUGAAAUUAAAUAUUUUAAAACAAAACCUGAUACACCAUCACAACCACUAAAUCUAUGGGCAAAAGCAAUGAAACCAAAUGAGAUAUUUUUACGAUGGGAACCACCAUCCAAACCAAAUGGUCUUGUGACAAAUUAUAAAGUAACUUUGACCGAAGAAAAAUAUACAAAUUUAUUUCAUUUGGAACGUGGAUCGAUGCAAUGUGGUGAACGUUCUACAACUUUAAGUCAACCAACUAGUUCAGUAAACGACAAAGUACCUAAAACAACAAUUUCUAAUUCAACAUUAUCAAAACAAUGUUGUAGCUGCAAUAAAAGUGAUAAACAAAAACAAAAGAAUAUCGAUGAAAAAGAUGGUGGCAAGAUUAAAUUUCGAUCAAAUGAUGUUGAACAAAGUAUCACUUUUGAAGAUACUUUGUUAAACAUUGUAUAUGUUAAACGAAUGGAUAAAGUGACAAUCGAUAAUGAUGAAGAGGAUAGAAUGAUUGAUGGUGAUAAUCGUAGCCGUCGACAUAUUGAAGAUGGAAAUUUUGCCAAUAUUGAUAAUUCAUCAGCAAUCCAAAAUGAAAUUGAUCACCAUCCACUUUCGCUUGUAAAUAAAUCGAAUCGUCGCCAUCAUUAUGAUGAAAAUUCAUCGACCACAUCAUCUUACAUUCCACAAACAACUACUCCAUUUACUUCAUUAUCAUUGUCAACAUCAUCAUCAUCAUCAUCAGCCACUACGAUAUCAACUAAUAAAACUUCAAAAUUUUUUCAUCAAGAAAGAGUUACUUCUGAACAAGCUCAUUUCAAGAAUCUCAAACAUUUUACUGAAUAUAUAAUCGAAGUUGUAGCAUGUCAAAAUUCAAGUAAUGAAAAAAAAUAUUGCAGUGUAUCGGCAAUAACAUCAAUCAAAACAUUAAAAUUACCGGGUGCCGAUGAUAUUAAUCAAACAACUAUAUCAUAUUCGCUUGAGAAUAGUACAUCAAGUUCAUUGUCAUCAGUAAUAAUACGAUGGUUGCCACCGAUUGAACCAAAUGGCUUUAUACUUCGAUAUGAAAUUGAAUAUCAUUCCGAAGAAUUUCCCAACAAACAAUUUAUUUGUAUAUCAUCGAAUGAACAUCGUGAAAAAGAUAAUAGUUAUAAUAUGAAAUUAAGGUCGGGUAAUUAUUCAUUUCGUUUACGUGCACUUUCGUUGGCUGAUUACGGAAAUUGGACUGAACCAUUUUAUGUUUAUAUUGAAGAACCGGCUAAUUAUAAAUUUGUGAUCAUCGCCAUAGUCAUUAUAUUCAUUCUUACAAUAAUCAUCGCUAUUGUGUAUUAUAAAUAUCGUGUCAAUCAAAAUAAAUUGGACUACAUUUCGGUCAAUCCAGAUUAUAUUAAUUCAAAUUUUAAUUAUAAAUUGGAUCCGAAAUGGGAGAUACCACGUGAUAAAAUAACUUUGAUACAUGAGCUUGGUCAAGGCUCAUUUGGUAAGGUAUAUGUAGGCGAAUUUAUCAAAGAUAAAUUGAUCACACGUUGUGCGGUUAAAAAAUUGAACGAAAAUAAAGGCCCACGUGAUCGUGCCAAUUUUCUUAAAGAAGCUGAAAUUAUGAAAUCAUUCACUGAUUGUCAUCAUGUAGUCAAAUUGUUGGGCAUAUGUUCGAAAGAUCAACCAUUUUUAGUUUUAAUGGAAAUUAUGCCCAACGGGGAUCUUCGUAAUUAUCUCCGUAAGAAUCGACCAGAAAAUCAGGAAAAUUUGAAUCCAUCUCCGCCAACGUUGUUGCAAAUUUAUAGAAUGGCCAUCGAAAUAGCCGAUGGUAUGGCGUAUUUAGCAUCGAAAAAAUUUGUUCAUCGAGAUUUGGCAGCACGAAAUUGUAUGCUUUCAGAAGAUUUGACAGUGAAAAUCGGUGAUUUUGGAAUGACCAGAGGUAAGGAUUACAAACAUUUUGUUUUUAUCUCUAAUAUCAAAUAUAUAUUUUUUACAGAUAUCUGUGAAUCAGACUAUUAUCGUAAAGGUGAUAAAGGGUUUUUGCCCGUUCGAUGGAUGAGCCCAGAAUCAUUAAAAGAUGGUAUUUUUACUACUUAUUCCGAUGUUUGGGCCUAUGGUGUGGUACUUUGGGAAAUUGUUACGCUUGGUUCGCAGCCAUAUCUUGGCAUGUCUAAUGAAGAGGUUCUUAAAUAUAUCAUGGAUGGUUUUCAUAUGACUGAACCGGAACAUUGUCCGGAAGUUAUGUGGCAGCUAAUGUUAUUAUGUUGGAAUAAGAAACCAAAAUCUCGACCAACGUUUCUUCGUAUGAUACAAAUGUUAUUGAAUUAUAUCAAUGAAAAAGAAUCAUUCAUUAAUGUCAGUUUUUAUAAUAUUGAUCGAUUAAAAGCUGAAGAAGAAAAGAAUAAUAAUGAUAAUGAUCACCAAAAUCAACAACAAAAAAUUGUUGGAAAAGAAACAAAUAAUAAUAAUAAUAAUAAUAAUAAUCAACAAGAUGAAACUUUAGUACCAUUGAAUGGUUCGCAUACAACUAGCUCGAUUUGUUCAUCAUCGUCAUCAUCUUUAUCAUCUAGUCCUGCAUCAAGUGAUGACGAAGAUGAUGGUGAUAAACAACUAAAUGAAGAUGAUAUUGAUGUACAUUUUUUUCCAUUAAGCGGUAAAGAAAUAUUUGAUGAAGAUCAUCCAACAUUACAACAAGCAAAACGUUCCAUACCAAAUGAUAAAACCGACACAACAUUCAACGUGUGGGAUGAUAAACAUAUCAGUGUCAAACUAAAUAAUGAUAAUCAAUUGGAUUCAAAACAAGAUAAUGUUGAAAUUAUUGAUCCUAAUAGUUAUCAAAUGGAAAUAUUUCCACAACAAAAAUCAAAUAAUUUAGAAAUAGAUCAACAACAACAACAACAACACCAUAAUGGUGAUUGUCAUGAUUCAUCAUCACCAAGUUCAUCCGAAUUAUUGAAUAAAACCGAAACAAACGAAUCAAAUCCAAUAGCAAAAAUAAAAAUGAAUCAACAACAACAACAACAACAACAUGAUCAUCAUCUUCAUAAACGUCAUAUUAAUGUUCCUACAAAUAAUAUUGCAACAACAAAUUGUAAUAUUAUUAAUGGUCAUUUCAUCGAUACAUCGAUGGUUUGAUGUAUGAAUGAAUGAAUAAAUCGAACAAGAAAACACGAUAAUGAUAUUCGUAUAUAAAUAUUU